UUUGCUGCACACAGGAGCGAGGGGGAGGAAGCGCAAGAGAUCGUCUCUUUAAAAUUAAUUAAAUCUGUUUGUGUACAGAUAUAUUCGUCUAGAGUUGGUUUUAAUUGCUUGCCGUCAGGAUUGGCUUGGGUACCCUGUGCAGCUUAUAACGAAGCACCACUUAUUAUUACAGGUGUGUGUUGAUACGCCUCAGCAUGGCUGUGGUCAUCCGCUUGCAAGGUCUCCCGAUUGUGGCGGGGACCAUGGACAUACGCCAUUUCUUCUCUGGAUUGACCAUCCCGGAUGGUGGUGUGCAUAUUGUAGGGGGUGAACAUGGUGAGGCUUUUAUUGUUUUCGCCACAGAUGAAGACGCAAGGCUUGGCAUGAUGCGUACUGGGGGGGCUAUCAAAGGGUCUAAAGUGUCACUUUUGCUUAGCAGCAAGACCGAGAUGCAGAAUAUGAUUGAGCUUAGCCGCAGGCGUUUCGAAACUGGCAACCUGGAGGGACCCACAGGGAAUGGUAGUAGACCAGGGCCACCUGCUAGUACUGGGGGAAGUGGGAGGGGUAGCUUACCGACCACCAUGCAAGGCUUCAGCAGCCCAACAGCAACUACGGUCACCACAUCUGCCACGGCACACGAACCCGCUAGCAAUAAAAACAUAUCCACAUUUGCAACGACUAACAUUGGAACCAUGCCCCCAAGCUUUAGCAACAACUUCAGCAGCCCUAACCUUACCAUGGGAUCCACCAUGACAACUGCCAUGUCCACAAUGAACUCGGUCCCUCCUCCUAUACCCCCCUUGCCUACCAUGCCAUCUCUGCCCCCAAUGCCUUCCAUCCCACCCAUGCCGGUUCCCCCACCUGUGUCCACUCUGCCUCCAGUUCCCACUGUCACACCCUUAACCCCAGUGCCACCCAUCCCUCCCAUGACACACAUGCCACACAUGUCCACUAUGCCACCCUUUAAUCCAGGUGUCCCUCCCCCAGUUGGUCCUGUGGCCAGCGGCCUGGCUGGGUCAGGGCCACCGUUAUCUAUUGGAAACCCGAAUCACAUGUUCCUCGGCCCCAUGAACCCUCUCGGUCCAAUAAACCUCCAAGCCAACAUCAAGCCAGCCGUGGCGAAUCCAGACGAGUUUUACAUUCACCUUCAAGGCCUGCCUUUUUCCGCCACUGACAUGGACGUGAGGGAGUUUUUCCAGGGGCUGGGUGUGGAUUCCGUCCGCUUGCUCCGGGAUCACCUGGGCAGAAGCAGCGGCAGGGCGCUGGUGAAGUUUUUCACGCCUCAGGACAGUUUCGAAGCCCUCAAAAGAAACACUGGAAUGAUGGGCCAGAGGUAUGUGGAGAUCACCCCGGCGACCGAGAGGCAGUGGAUAUCUGCCAGUGGGGGGAGUGGAGGACAAGGGCUGUCAAAACACACCAGCGACUCCAAUCAGGACCAGCACCAUCGAUCGGGCUCGAGUUCAGAAUCUCCCUCUGGGCGUGAGAGGGCGAGAUCUCGCUCGCCUCACAAACAAGAGUACUGCGUUUAUUUGAAAGGACUUCCCUACGAAGCAGAAAACAAACAGAUUUUUGAGUUUUUCAAAAACUUGGACAUUGUUGAAGACAGCAUUUAUAUUGCAUAUGGACCAAAUGGCAGAGCGACGGGAGAAGGUUUUGUUGAAUUUAGGAAUGAAAUGGACUACAAAGUUGCCCUUGGUUGCCACAUGCAGUACAUGGGCAGCCGAUUCAUACAAGUCCACCCCAUCACCAAGAAAGGGAUGUUUGAAAAGAUCGAUGUCAUUCGGAAAAGGAUGCAGGGUUCUCAGCAAAGUGACCAGAAGGGCAGCUCGUCAGAAGGCGGAGGAAAGAACGCCAGGAACUGCGCACAUAUUUCAAAUAUUCCAUACAAUGUGUCCAAGAAAGAUGUACGUCUGUUUUUGGAGGGAAUUCAGCUGUUCGAGGAGAGCCUCAAAGUUCUAGUUGAUGGCAAUGGUAAUGGUCUAGGUCAGGCUGUGGUGCAGUUUAGAUCAGAGGAGGAGGCACUCAAAGCUGAAAGAUUGCAUAGACAAAAACUGAACGGAAGAGAUGCCUUUGUACACUUGGUUACGUUCGAUCAAAUGAAAGAAAUAGAGAGAAACCCGCCACCGCAGGUAAAGAGAGGACAGAAGGGUCAAGGGAAUGCCCAUGUGCAUGCACAAGCACACGCACAGCCUCACACAUAUCCCACCAUGGCAGGAGAUGAAUACAACUUUCUUAGAAACAGCGUAGGAAAUUUAAACAAUGGCCCCCCUUUUGUUGCCCCAUUCAGUGCACCAGGCAAUGGACUUGGCGGUCCUCCUCCUCCUUUGCCCCCAAUAGGAGGAGCAUUGGGUGAUGUUUCUAUGAGUGUCCCCCCUCCUAUGGUUGGUAGUCACUUGCCUGCUCCAGUGCUGGAACCUCCAGGUUUCCGUCCAGGACCCGGCAGUAACAACGGGCCACCUGGGUUUGUGGGAGGUCCCGAGAGCAUGAGGGGUAUGCCACCUUUUGAUAACGGGCCAAGAAAGAACAGCGGUCUCCCCAGUCGAGGAGGCGGGCAGGGCCGAGGCGGGGCGGCGCAACCUGGCUUUGGCCCUGGUUCUGAAACGUUGAGAGGGCCGUCGGGUAUUAGCGGAGGGCCUGGUAACCAACGGCCAACAAUUGUAAAGAUACAGAACAUGCCAUUCACAGUCACAGUUGAUGAAAUUCUUGACUUCUUCUAUGGCUAUCAAGUCCUGCCUGGCUCGGUUUGCCUGCAGUACAGCGACAAAGGCAUGCCCACUGGCGAAGCAAUGGUUGCAUUUGAGUCGCACGAUGAGGCAAUGUCUGCGGUCUUGGAUCUAAAUGAUAGGCCUAUUGGAUCCAGAAAAGUCAAGAUAACGUUAGGAUAAAUUUUCAAUGUGAAGUUAUACUUUUGCAAAACAUCAGAAAGUGCUGCAUUUUACCGAAUAUGUUUUUACUAACACCAAGGUGGGCGUUAACAUUUAUGGAAGAAUGUUUAUGUUUUGACACCAACAGGUAGUAUGAGUUUAGGUCCUCUACCAAAGUAAUCAAGUUGUUUGUAGAUUAGGAAAGAAAGGAGUAAGACACUGCAUUAAUUUAAGAGCAUGGUAUACUUAGUCCAGUGGUAUGUGUGAGAUUCCUUGUAGCAAAGAGCAGCAAGUUGCUUGAUUCCAAUCAUGUAAAGAGCUGAAGCUUUUUAGUAAAUGUAUGACGACCUUGAAAAGAAAUUUCUGGCUGGGGCAGAGGCAUAGAUUCUGCCAUUGUAUAAGUUGUGAAGUUUUUUCUUUUAUUGGGAAGCAUGUGAAAUUGUUUUCAAAUGCUCUGACAUCUUAGUGUAUUUCUCUUUCUGCUGCAGAUUUCACAUUUUAUAUUGCCUUCACCUGAGCUUUAGAGUACAUUCAGCAAAUGCACCAAGCACUGCUGUGUUUGGUGUGUGUGUGUGUGUAGCACAUCUACAAUGUGGGGGUUGAAGCAUUUGCUUUGGUUUGCUCCAUGCUGUUUUCCUUUCUCUUAAUAAAAUGCCAUGCCGAUGCGGUUGCUGCCUUGUGUGAGAAAUGUUUUUGAAAUGCAAAAUUCUGAGAUGCAUAAAGAAAGAUGUCUGUUUAAUGCUUUUUUCCCCCUCAAUUUCAAGCAGAAGACUGCUCAGUUUGUUUCAGCAGCCUGACACGUUCUGUAUUUGCAAGCUCUUUCCAAUUGCAGUAUGUUCACUUCAAAUUAUGCGUCAUGUUUUGCUGGUAUGUAGUUCCUAUUUGGCCUCUGUUUUUGUAGUGUUGUUGAACCAGAUCAACUGUAUUGUUUCAUUUAUUUGGACUUUGUGACGUUCCAGCUCAAUUUUAUUUUUUAUUUUGCAGUUGUAAAUACUGUUCAGCUUUUGUCAAUAA